CGCCGGAGCGGCUCCCGGGGGCUGGGCGCGGGCAGGCGGCAGCCGGGACGCCACGGCGGCGGGUCCGGAUGCCGGCAGGAUGGUGCUGGUCCCCGUCGCGGCGCUCUGGGCCCUGGCUCCCCUCCUCGCCCGGGCAGACCAGCCCCCCGUCACCGUCACGGCGGCGGUGGGCGAGGACGCCUGCCUGCCCUGCGGCACCCAGCCUUGGGGACAUUUGCGUGGGGUCACCCUCACCUGCACCCACCGGGCCGGCACCCAGCACCCCGUCCCCGUCCUCACCCACCGCCUGGAGGGGCACCCGCCGCCGGAGCCGGGCUGGCACCCACCGGAGGAACCGCACAACCGCUUUCGGGGCAGGGUGGGCUUCUGCGCCGCGGGGCCGGGGGCCACCGGCGUGUCCCUGCUCCUGAGGAACCUCAGCGAUCCCGAUUUUGGGAAUUAUUCCUGCUACGUGGCCGCCACCGCCGCCGCCCCCCCGGAGCUCCUCUGCAGCCUGGUGCUGCAGCCCCCCCUGCCAGAGGUGCCGAGAAGCGAGGAGCCGGACAUGAUCAUGGUGGUGUGCAUCCUCACCGCCGCCUUCACUGCCGUGGCCAUCGGCGUCCUGCUCUGCUGCCGCUACGGGCGCCGGUGCUGCGGGCACCGAGCAUUGCCCUCAGCGCGGGGUGCAGCCCAGGAGCCCGGAGCUGCCGAUGGAGGAGGAGGAGGAGGAGGAGGAGGAGGAAGAGCAGCGGUGGCCUUGGGUGACCUGAAAAGUCUCAGCACCUGAGGGCACGCUGGUGCAGGAUGAGGCCCUGGCUCCA